UCCGAAGCACUGAGUCAACAGUGACUGUCCGGAUCUUUUAAACGACUCUGUUUUGAGAGGAAAACCCCCCGCCUCGAAACGCUUCCGCUUUUUAAAACUUAUGUCACCUGACUCACGAGUCAUAUGAUGUUCUCUUGCGGUUUCUCUCAGUGGAGCUGAAGGGUUUUAGAGUCGGUACCGGGAAUCGAGCAGAAUCGUCCCGAGACGGGAGUCAAGAUGGCGCGGUGCUGCAUCGUCGCUUUUGUCGCAACACUGCUGUUUCCAGCUUGUUUUCACAUGGUCUCAGGUAAAGAGGCAUGGGAUUACGUGGACGUGCGAGAUGGAGCUCAUAUGUUCUGGUGGCUUUACUACGCUAAUAGCUCAUCAGCCAGCUUUCAAGAUCUGCCGCUGGUCAUGUGGCUUCAGGGGGGUCCCGGAGGGUCAAGCUGCGGUUUUGGAAACUUUGCGGAAAUCGGACCUCUUGACACCAACCUUCAGCCGAGAGAAACCUCCUGGGUGAACGCAGCGAGUGUUUUGUUUGUGGAUAAUCCAGUUGGAACUGGUUACAGCUACACAGACUCAUACGGUGCUCUCACUAAAGAUGUGGCAAUGGUGGCGUCGGACAUGAUGGUGCUCCUUCAGCACUUCUUCUCCAAAAAUCCUGAAUUUCAGAGUAUCCCUUUCUACAUAUUUUCUGAGUCUUACGGAGGAAAGAUGGCAGCCGCUAUUUCCCUGGAGCUCACCAAGGCCAUUCAGAAAGGUUCCAUCAAGUGUAACUUUGCAGGCGUGGCACUCGGAGACUCAUGGAUUUCUCCUCUCGACUCCGUUCUGACAUGGGGACGCUAUUUGUAUAGCACUUCCCUGCUGGACGAUUUUGGGCUGAGUAAGGUGAUGCGAGCGGCUGAAGAAGUUCAGAAGGCUAUUGAGCAGGAACAGUAUGACACUGCGACCCAGCUGUGGGGCGUCGCCGAGAACGUCGUGGAACAGAACACCAAUGGAGUGAAUUUCUACAACAUCCUAACACAGAACAGUGACAUGCUCAAAUCCAGCACAGAAAACAAAGGCUACCUCUCCACUUUAAAACGUCGACACGUUCAACCUCUGCAUGGCCAGACACUUGAUGAGCUGAUGAAUGGACCAAUCAGGGAGAAGCUUGGCAUCAUUCCCAAAAAUGUCACAUGGGGAGGCCAAGCUGAAGACGUGUUUGCCAGCAUGUCUGGAGACUUUAUGAAACCUGUGAUCGACAUUGUUGAUGAGCUUUUGGCUGCAGGAGUGAACGUGACCGUCUACAACGGCCAGCUGGACUUAAUCGUGGACACCAUCGGUCAGGAAGCUUGGGUUAAAAAGCUGAAAUGGGACGGACUUAAACAGUUUAACCAGAUGAAGUGGACUGCUCUGGAAGACCCCCAGUCAACAGGACAAACUGGAGCUUUUUAUAAAAUCUACAAGAACUUUGCUUUCUACUGGAUCCUCAAAGCUGGACACAUGAUCCCGUCUGACCAGGGCCCGAUGGCACUGAGGAUGUUGAAAAUGGUGACGCGACAGGAGUGAAAAAAAGCUGCUUGUCCAUUUUAGACAAUCAAUCAACACACACUUCACCAAAAUUAGUGCUUCUUUUUUUCUGGCUUCACACCAAAAUUCAGUCUCUUGUGUUUGAUCAAACUGACUUGUUUGUAUUAACUGGAUAAUCUGAAAUAAAUGAAAAUCUUUUUCUACACAA